UGAUUUACACAAGCGCGCGUUCGCCGAUGUACUGUAUGUCCACAGUGUUUGGAGUAAUGCGCAAUAACGCGCGGCGCCGGCCGCUGAUCUGGAGAUCCGAAUGAAUGUAUAAAUGACUGACAAACUAUUUGGAUUAUUUCUAAGGAAUUAUCUGAGAUUUAACGUAUUAUUAAAAUCAUGCUUCUUUUAAUCUGCCUUUCGUGUUUCGUCUACAUCUCUGAUGCUGUCAUGGAUCUCACCAUGACUUCCAAUGGGGCCCUGCCUGCUCAUAAUUUCCGUCUCUCCUGUAUAUCUGGAGAGCGUGACACUGAUGACAUUCAUCUGAACAUCAAGAGGGACAACAGCAUUGUCCGUCGCGAAGAUCCACCUCAAAUUACAUUGCAUAGGCCACAGGCUAAAGAAGUAGUGGCCUCUGGAUUUACAGGCUUUGACCACAGUGGGAUUUUCUUCUGCCACUCAAAAAGAGGCUCUGACCAGCUUGCUAAUAUCACACUCAUAAACAACUACAGUAAAGGUCAUUUUAGACCGGUAAUGAUGUCUCAGACGGCCAGUAUAGGAGACACAGUACAUCUAACCAUGGACGUCCUUUGGAUCGAAAGACGAGACAUUAAAUGGACAUUCAAUGGGAACUACUACUUCAUGACACCAAUUGCUGAUGUUGAAAACCGCACAGCAAUUCUGGACCUAGAGAAAGUUGAUGAAAGCCACGCCGGGAUCUAUAGUGCCAGCUAUGUUGGAGACAGUCCUCUCUAUAGUGCCUGGAUGCGUCUUAUAAUUCGUGGAUGCCCACGUGACAAAUGGGGCUCAGACUGUGAUAAAGAUUGUCCCGAGUGCUUGAAUGGGGGUGUGUGUCAUGACAAAGAUGGAGACUGUGUUUGUCCUCCAGGCUUCAUGGGAGUGCGCUGUGAGACAGCCUGUCGUGAAGGAAUGUUUGGUCGAAACUGCCAGGAAUCCUGUGGACCAAAAAAUGAUUGCAAGGGUUUGAGUUUCUGUCUAAUCGAUCCUUACGGCUGUUCGUGUGCAAGCGGCUGGCAUGAAGACCACUGUCAUAAACCCUGUCCUGAUGGAAUGUAUGGAGCUGACUGUCUUUUAAGUUGCAACUGCACAAACAAAGGGAAAUGCAAUCGCUUUAGCGGCUGCCAAUGUCCAACAGGCUGGAGAGGACAACAUUGUGAGAAAUCAGAUCGUGCACCAGAGAUUUUGGACAUGGCCAGUAACCUGGAGGGGAACCUGAACUCCAGUCAUAUAAUUACAUGUUCGGCCAUAGGCCACCCUCUGCCCAGCCACAUGAGCAUCGAACUACGCAAGCUUGAAAGCACUGUGCUUAAGGCAUCUCACACUACUCAAGACGCAAUAAAAAGCACUUCUCAGUUUGAGAUCACACGUCUGUCUGCGGAGCAUAAUGGCGUGUGGGAAUGUCGGGUCUCCACAAACGGAGGACAGGACUCUCGCAAGUUCACCUUAACUGUUAGAGAGCCACCUUACCCAACCACUGCUCCUAAACUGUUGGCAAAGAGCAGCAAUAAGCUUAUUGUAAAGCCGGUGGACACUUACGCUGGUGAUGGUCCUAUUAUUUCAACGAAGCUGCUGUACAAGCCAAUGGAUACAGGAGACUCUAGUUCUUCUAUCAUAGUGUACAGCAACAAUCCCAUCACAUUGAUGAACCUGAAGCCCUCAACCAAAUACCGUGUGCGUGUACAACUCAGUCGACCCGGGGAUGGAGGAAAGGGUUUGUUGGGUCCAGAGGCAAUCAUGGAGACUGACUGUCCAGAGCCCACGGCCAGGCCGGAGAUUGAUUCCAGCUCAGUGGAAGGCCGUAACGUCACCAUCAGGUGGUCCAUGAUUGACAGGUCUAGUGAUGCCACUGGCUUUUUAGUUCAGCUCCUUGGACCAUACAGAGAGAAAUUGUGGGAGGAAACCACCUUGCUUAAUGUGCUCUCCACCAAGAUCUACAACCUGGAGUACCGCAGAGACUACCAAGUGGUCGUCCAACUGGUAAACUGUGGAAGCCAUGGACCCCAAUCAAGGCCCCACCACAUCCACAUCUAUAAGCAGGGCCCCUCUUCUCCACGUAACGUUCAUGCAGAUCCUUUGUCUGUUAGUGCAGUCCGGCUUCGCUGGCAACCCCCUGAGGACCCCAACGGUGGUAUUGUCAAAUACAGCAUUGAAUAUCAGCCAGUAGGCCAGAGCACCUUGCACCCUUGGGUGGACACAGAUAAUGGCAACAAAACCACAAUGGAUGUAUCAUCCCUUAAUGGAAGCACCUUGUACCAGUUUAGGGUGAGAGCUUUCUCCAAGGUGCCAGGGGAGUGGAGCACAUUUGUUAAAGCCAGGACACACGAAAAUGGACAUGCCAACUUUAUUCCCACCACUCAAAAAGUUGGGAGGCCAAUGGCAGAAGAGCAUCAGCUUCUGUGGGCUGUUGUCGGGUCUGUGGCUGUAACUUGUGUAACCAUCCUUCUGGCUCUGCUGGCUCUCUUCUACAUCCGAAAAUCUGUUCUUAAACGAAAACGGACGUUUACCUAUCAGUCCGGAUCGGGAGAGGAAACUAUCUUACAGUUCAACUCAGGAACUCUCACACUGACCCGACGUCCGAAGCCCUCACCCGAGCCCCUCACCUAUCCCAUACUGGGGUGGGAGGACAUUAAGUUUGAAGAUGUGAUUGGAGAAGGAAACUUUGGUCAGGUCAUCAAAGCCAUGGUCAAAAAAGAUGGAAUCAAAAUGAGUGCUGCCAUUAAGAUGCUGAAGGAGUUUGCCUCAGAGAAUGACCAUCGGGACUUUGCUGGUGAAUUAGAGGUCCUGUGUAAACUAGGACAACAUCCCAAUAUCAUAAAUCUUAUUGGAGCUUGUGAGAACAGAGGUUACCUUUACAUCGCCAUAGAGUUUGCACCUUUUGGAAAUCUUUUGGACUUUUUAAGAAAGAGUCGCGUCCUUGAAACCGAUCCUGCAUUUGCAAAGGAACAUGGAACUGCCUCCACACUCACCUCCCAGCAGCUCCUGCAAUUUGCUGCUGAUGUUGCAACUGGGAUGCAUUAUCUUAGUGACAAACAGUUUAUCCACAGAGACUUGGCAGCCAGAAAUGUGCUUGUCGGAGACAAUCUCGUUGCAAAAAUAGCUGAUUUUGGACUCUCUCGUGGCGAGGAAGUGUACGUCAAAAAGACAAUGGGAAGACUGCCUGUGCGGUGGAUGGCCAUCGAAUCCCUAAACUACAGUGUCUACACCACAAAAAGCGAUGUGUGGUCUUUUGGAGUUCUUCUGUGGGAAAUUGUAAGCUUAGGUGGUACGCCGUAUUGUGGGAUGACCUGUGCUGAGCUCUAUGAGAAACUGCCUCAGGGCUACAGAAUGGAGCAGCCGAAGAACUGUGAUGAUGAAGUUUAUGAACUGAUGAGGCAGUGCUGGCGGGACAGACCCUAUGAGCGACCACCAUUUUCACAAAUUUCUAUCCAGCUUAGUAGGAUGCAGGAGGCUAGGAAGACCUAUGUCAACAUGGCUCUCUUUGAGAACUUCACUUAUGCUGGAAUAGAUGCCACAGCUGAAGAGGCCUGACUACCAGCCCCCCCAGGCCCAAGCAGGGUUCACAGCCCACGAGAGGCUCAUCGCAGCAGGGCUUCACGCUACUGCCACUCUCCUGUGGCCAGGUUCCAUUGUUCAAAGAGACACACCACCAAGAUCACAUGGCUAUAGAGAUUGGACUGUGAAAGGACACUCUUAGGGCCUUUGAUUCUCUUAGAUCUGCUAACUUCUGGUUGGAUAUCUCAGGACUAGACGCAUUGAUCUUGGAUUACUCAAGAGAAAGUGGAACCUACAAAAUGAGCUACUCUAUGUAGCAGGCUGGGUCUGUGGGGAUCUGGACCGUGUAUAAAACUCUUUUUCCAUCUGUUUGUUGGGAGAAUCCUUUUGUGAGGUUGUUGACAUGGAUAUAAAAUGACGUUCAUAGACAAUGACACUUGUAUCAUUCAAUGUAGCACUUGAGAAACUAAUGAAUAUAUAUGAUGAUGUACCGUGUUUUGCCCUGAAACUCUAAAAAGGGACCUACCUUAAAGGGAUAGUUCAAAAAUAAAAAUAAAAAUGAACAUUCAAAACCUGUGUGACUUUUUUUCUGUGGAAAACACAAGAAGAAAUUGAGUGUUCAUACCAUGGAAGUCAAUGCUGUUCAAUAUUGUGUGGUUACCAACAUUCUUCAAAAAUCUUCUUUUGUGUUCUGCAGAAGAAAGUAAGUCUUGCAUGUUUGAAAUGAUGAAAGUACUUUCAUUUUGGGUGAACAGUCCCUUUAGGUAAAUUCUGUGCAUACUGUUUAUGUUCUGUUUAUAAGUGAAAAGCCACUAAAACUGAAGUAGUGAUGUGUAUGACAAAUGCACGAGAUGUUGUAGCCAUACUGUA